AUGAAUGGUCUUGAUGAGAGAUUGAAAGCUGACUCCCAAGUAUCAUUAUCUGCCCUCAAGUAUGAGCUUGCCAUACACCCACGGUUUCCUCAUCCCGUGUACUCUUCACUGAGAUUGAAAGCUGACUCCCAAGUAUCAUUAUCUGCCCUCAAGUUUGAAACCCAUACACCCACGGUUUUCUUCAAGGUCAUGGAAACCAACACUAAUGAACCCUUUGUCCAAACACCAGCUGCUACAGAAGAUGAUAUUCCCACCCAAGUUGAGGAUUCUGCUGCUACCCAAGCUGCUUCCCAAGCUGAAGCAGCUGCUGCUUCUGAGUUGCCCCCAGUUCCACCAUGCCAAGUGAGUAUGACAUCUCCUGUUAGUGGUAGUUGUAGUGGUAGGAAAAAGUCUGUUGUUUGGGGUCACUUUGAAAAAGUAAAGAUAGGUGAGGGUGAUACUAGUAAGACUAAGGCUAUCUGUAAUUAUUGUCAAAAAUCUUAUAAUGUUGAUAGUAAGAGUUGUGGUACCAGUAAUUUGUUAGCUCAUGUGCCAAUAUGUCCCAAGAACCCUAAUAGAGAAGAUGUAGUUAAAGGGCAGAAAACAUUAGCUUUUGUACCCAAAAAGGAUGGAGAAGAUGGAUUGCACCUUGUGUCAACAUCCUUUUCUGUUGAGGCUUCUAGAAAGGCAUUGGCCGAAAUGGUUAUAAUUGAUGAGUUGCCUUUUAGGUAUGUCGAGGGGUAUGGGUUUAAGAAAUUUGUUAGUACCUUGCAACCUAAGCUUAGAUUAAAGGAUAUCCCAUCUCGUCAAACUGUGGCUAGGGAUGUGAUUGGCAUUUAUAAUAGUGAGAGAGAGAAGCUAAGGAAAUCCUUGAAGGGUUGUAGGGUGUGUCUCACUACGGACACAUGGACUUCUAUUCAAAAUUUAAAUUAUAUGUGUCUAACUUGUCACUUUAUUGAUGAUGCUUGGAAAUUGCAUAAGAGAAUUCUAAAUUUUUGUCAAGUUGAAAACCACAAGGGGGAGACUAUAGGUAGAAAGAUUGAGAUGUCGUGGCGUGAGUGGGGUAUUGAUGGGAUAUUCACCUUGACAGUAGAUAAUGCUAGCUCAAAUUUAACAACAAUUAAAUUUUUGCAAAGGGUGACUAAAGAUUGGAAUGGGGCAGUUUUAGGAAAUGAGUACAUGCACAUGAGGUGUUGUGCCCAUAUCCUAAAUCUCAUUGUGGGGGAGGGUUUAAAAGAGAUAGAUGCAUCUGUUGCUAAGGUGCGUGAAGCUGUGAGGUAUGUGAAGUCCUCACCCAAUAGAAGUCAAACUUUUAAGAGUUUUAUGGAGAGGUUAGGUAUGGAGUCCAAGAGUCUUCUCAGUCUAGAUGUAGCUACUAGGUGGAACUCAACCUAUAUCAUGUUAGAAACUACUGAAAAAUUUGAGAAAGUGUUUCUCCGAAUGGAUUUUGAAGAUGAUGGUUAUUCGUCGUACUUUAGGACCAAGGAAGAUAGUGGUGGUUUGGGGUCUCCAUGUAUAAUUGAUUUCCAAAAUUGUAGGGUGUUUGUGACUUUCUUAAGGCUAUUUUAUAAUGCAACAAAGAAAUUUUCUGGUUCAUUGUAUGUUACUUCAAAUGCCUUCUAUGAUGAGAUCUUUGUUAUUCAGGAGAUUGCAGAAGUGAUGGUUGAUAAGGUGAAAGACCUUUUGUUUAAGUUGUAUAAUUUUUACACUUGUUGUAGUAAUGAGCUUGAGAGGUAUUUGGCUGAAAACUGUGAUGGUAGAAAGGAUGCAAAUUUUGAGAUAUUGGAGUGGUGGAGGGACAAUUGUAAUAGGUACCAAGUGUUGUCUAAAGUAGUUAAGGAUGUGUUAGCUAUGCCAGUUUCCACUGUUGCAUCUGAGUCAGCAUUUAGCACUGGAGGUCGAAUUGUUAAUCCAUUUUGA